AUGACUGAAAGUGGUGGCCGGUGGUCACCGCAAANGGAAAAGGAACGUCUUAGGAGGAUAGAAGAAGAGAGGGAGAGAGAACUGGAAAAGGAACGUCUUAGGAGGAUAGAAGAAGAGAGGGAGAGAGAACUGGAAAAGGAACGUCUUAGGAGGAGAGAAGAAGAGAGGGAGAGAGAACUGGAAAGGGAACGUCUUAGGAGGAGAGAAGAAGAGAGGGAGAGAGAACUGGAAAAGGAACGUCUUAGGAGGAUAGAAGAAGAGAGGGAGAGAGAGAGGGAGAGAGAGAAAGAUAGGAUGGCUGUCGACAUAGCAAUCCUUGAAGCUCGUGGGAGGGCAGAAAGAUCUGCUUUGGAGAGAGCAACUGCUGAAGCUCGACAAAGAGCUUUGGCAGAGGCCCGGGAGAGAUUGGAGAAGGCUUGUGCGGAGGCUAAGGAGAAAUCAUUAGCCGAGAAGGCAUCUAUGGAGGCUAGACUGAGGGCAGAGCGUGCUGCUGUAGAGAGAGCAACUGCUGAGGCUCGAGAGCGUGCUGUGGAGAAAGCAAUGGCAGACAGGGCUGCUUUUGAGGCGAGAGAACGUGGAACUUUUCCAGAUAAGUUUUCUGCUUCUUCCAGAAACAGUACACUGAGACCAAUUUCAUCCAAUGAUCUACAGGAUCAUAAAUAUCAGAGUGCCGGCUUUAGUGGUUCAAGAUAUCCAUAUUCUUCAGCUUAUGUUGCUUCAUAUAAUACUGAGAGAUCUGAAGGGACUGAAGGUGAAACAGCUCAGAGGUGUAAAGCUAGACUAGAAAGGCAUCGCCGUACUGCUGAACGUGCGGCAAAAGCUCUUGCAGAGAAGAAUAUGCGUGAUCUUCUUGCUCAAAGAGAGCAAGCUGAAAGAAAUAGACUAGCUGAAACACUGGAUGCUGAUGUCAAGAGGUGGUCAAGCGGAAAGGAAGGCAACCUACGAGCUUUGCUUUCAACAUUGCAAUAUAUCCUUGGGCCUGAUAGUGGUUGGCAUCCCAUUCCAUUGACUGAAGUUAUAACUUCUGCUGCUGUAAAGAAAGCUUACAGGAAAGCCACUCUUUGCGUUCACCCUGACAAAUUACAACAAAGAGGUGCAAGUAUCCAGCAGAAGUACAUUUGCGAGAAGGUCUUUGAUCUUCUCAAGGAAGCUUGGAACAAAUUCAACUCAGAAGAGCGGUAGGUCAAACUUAGUGUAUAUGCUGAACGCAUAUUUACACUCAUCCUGUAAAUUUAUGCUGCUUGUAAGUAAUAUCGAUCAUGUCUAUUUGAUAAUUCUAGUCAUCUAUGUAGUUGGUAAAUCUAGGCUAAGCUAAGCUAAGCUUAAAGAAAUAGGUAUGAAACAGAUAUUAGCUAAAAGAAAAUGGCUAUAUUCAUUCAAAUAUAUGGGCUAUUUAUUUAUUCUGCUAA